CAAUGCAGUCUCACUAGUUCCAGAAAGCGACUGAAUUUACUGCUGCAGACAUGAAGUAUAAGAAUCUUAUGGCAAGAGCUUUGUAUGACAAUGUUCCUGAGUGUGCAGAAGAGUUGGCAUUCCGCAAAGGAGAUAUAUUGACUGUGAUUGAGCAGAAUACUGGUGGGCUGGAAGGAUGGUGGCUCUGCUCAUUACACGGACGGCAAGGCAUCGUUCCAGGCAACCGUGUGAAGCUUCUGAUUGGCCCACUGCAGGAGAGUUCCUCCGGUCAGGACCAGCCCUCUUCUGGACUAAUGCACCAGAAUUUUGGCCCGCAGAAAGUCUAUCAAGUACCACACUCACAGGCUUCAUCUCGGGAUGCUGUCUACCAAGUACCACCAUCCUAUCAGAAUCAGGGAAUUUACCAAGUACCUACGGGCCAUGGUGCUGUCGAGCAAGAUGUAUACCAGGUGCCACCAUCAGUCCAGAGAAGCAUUGGUGGGACCAAUGGUUCCCAUUUAAGUAAAAAGGUGAUAACCCCAGUGAGAACAGGCCAUGGCUACGUCUAUGAGUUCCCAUCCAAGUACCAGAAGGACACCUACGAUAUCCCUCCAUCUCAUCCUAUCCAAGGGGUAUAUGACAUCCCCCCAACAUCACUGAAAGGCCCAGUUUUCUCAACUCCAACGGGAGAGAUGAAACCGUCAGGAGUAUAUGAUAUCCCUCCUGUGAAAGGGGUUUAUGCCAUUCCGCCUGCUUCUCGAGAUGAAGUAGGACUUCGAGAAAAGGAAUAUGAUUUCCCUCCUCCUAUGAGACAACACGUAAGGCCAGAAGUCAGACCAGAAGGGGUUUAUGACAUUCCCCCGACAAGCACCAAGGCUGUAGGGAAGGACUUUCACCUAAAACACGCCUGCGAUGCUUCUGGAGCUACUGAGCAGGUAUCCCAGAAACCCCAAAGCGUUCUGCAAAGCCACCAGCACAUGCACCUCAGACAACCCGCAGCCUCUCCGAGUGAUGCCUAUGAUAUCCCGCGAGGCGUUCAGUUUCUCGAGCAGCAGCCGGUGGCCCAUGAAGGACUGAAUGCUGAAGAAAAAGAUGGUGUCUAUGACGUCCCGCCACAAAGCACACAGGAGACCAAAGGGUGCCCGGAUGUGACGGACGGCAUGAAUCGGCUCUCGUUCUCCAGCACGGGGAGUACCAGGAGCAACAUGUCCACCUCUUCCACGACAUCGAAGGAGUCCUCCUUGUCAGCCUCCCCAUCUCAGGACAAAAGGGUGUUACUGCUGGACCCGGACAUGGCCAUCGAGAGGCUUUACCGGCUCCAGCAGGCUUUAGAGACGGCAGUGUCCAACCUCAUGGCUCUGGUCAUCACAGACUGGAGGUGCUAUGGCUACAUGGAGAGGAACAUCAAUGAGAUCCACGCCGCAGUGGACAAGGUAGAGCCCUCUUUGAGGGAUUACCUCCAUUUCGCCAAAGGAGCCGUGGCCAACGCUUCGGGCCUCGCCGAGCUCACCCUUCACAACAAAAUGAAGCGAGAGCUCCAGCGGGUGGAAGACUCCCACCAGAUUCUGACCCAGACCAGCCAGGACUUGAAUGCCUGCCACUGGUCCUUGAACAUCCUAGCUGUCAAUAAACCUCAGAGCAAGUGCGACGAUCUUGACCGCUUUGUGAUGGUGGCAAAGACGGUGCCCGAUGACACUAAGCAGCUCACCACCACCAUUGGCACCAAUGCGGAAAUGCUCUUCAGGUCAGCCCCGGGUGAUGCGCGUCUAAAGAAUGGGUCUGAGAAUGUAACCGGUGCAGCCGACUAUUUGCAUUCCGGGCCACAGACCCAGCUACUACAUCCUGCUGACCACAAGGCCCAGCCCCACUGCAAGCCUCUGCCCCCAGGCCUAAGCAAAGACCAGCAUCCCGACUGUAAUAGCAAUGAUGGCUCUGAACGGAGCUGGAUGGAUGACUACGAUUAUGUUCACCUGCAGGGGAAAGAAGAGUUUGAAAGACAGCAGAAAGAGCUUUUGGAAAAGGAAAACAUCAUCAAACAGAACAAGAUGCAGCUGGAACAUCACCAGAUUAGCCAGUUUCAGCUACUGGAGCAAGAAAUUACCAAGCCAGUGGAGAAUGACAUCUCCAAAUGGAAGCCCUCUCAGAACCUCCCAGCUCCAAACAGCAGCGUGGGCGCCCAGGACAGACAGCUGCUCUUCUUCUACUAUGACCAGUGUGACACUCAUUACAUCUCCCUCCUCAACGCCAUCGAUGCCCUCUUCAGCUGUGUCAGCUCGGCGCAGCCCCCGAGGAUUUUCGUGGCCCACAGCAAGUUCGUCAUCCUGAGCGCGCACAAGCUGGUGUUCAUCGGAGACACGCUAACGAGGCAGGUGGCCGCCCAGGAGAUCCGCAACAAGGUGAUGAAUUCCAGCAACCAGCUGUGCGAGCAGCUAAAGAACAUUGUGAUGGCCACGAAGAUGGCUGCCCUGCAUUACCCCAGCACGCCGGCGCUGCAAGAAAUGGUUCACCGAGUAACAGACUUGUCCAGAAACGCACAGCUGUUCAAGCGUUCCUUGCUAGAGAUGGCGACAUUCUGAGGGAAAGGGGGGAGCCACAGAAUCAAACUGGAAAUGCUGUCUGGUUUAUGUAGAUAUUAUCUAUUUUUGUAGAUAUUUUAUAUGAAAUAUUUUAAAUCUGUUUUAUGGAUUAGAGAACUUUCAGAAAUUCAGGGAGCUGGAGAGGUCAAAUUGUUUGGUUCUUAUAUAUACAUUUAUGUAUCAAAGAUAUAUAUAUAUAUAUAAACUGUACAUAAACUCAAUCAUGUUCUCAUAUGUGCCUGUGGCAGCCUGUGUGUAUAUAGAUAUGUAUGUAACACAUUCCAUUGAAAAAACCAUGAAUUAAGAAGCACCUUAUUAUGCCUCCCCAAAGUGCUCCAUCUUCGCAGAUGACCUAACAUAUGGUCCUGAUGAGACGGUGCCAUAUGCUAUAGGGAUUAUAAUGGACAUUUUCAUUCUAGUGUCUGGGAACCAGACGACGUCUGCAAGACGCUGGUUCCUUAUAAUUAAGAGGACAAUACUCUUUUCAUGGAACCCUUUCAAAAUUUCCCUCUUUCCCUCUUCCUUCUUCCAAAAUGCACUGGGUCCUCUGAGUGGGCAGGUUUGGAGAACAACAUUUUUUAUAAAAUGUGUGUCAAGACAAAGCAAUGAUUUAGGGUGCUAGGGAGGAAAAGUGGCUUAGUCAUUAGAGGAGUAAGAAAAAUGUACUGAGAGGCAAUUUCUGGCUAGGAGUGGGGGUAUUUCUAAACUGAGAGGAAGCCACAACAAAGACGAGGCACAUAUUUGCCCGUGGUUGUUUGAUCCUUUGUAUUUGUGAGUCAGCUGUGAGGCUUUCCAAAGGUCUCAUUUAAAUUGAAAAAACUCCUCCUUGCAGAAGGAACACACACUGCAUGUGCACUUCGAGGCGUAAAGAAAGAGGAAAAUAAAAUUGUGUCGUGUACCUUAGGGCGAUGGAGGAACAUUUGAUACCCAAAUUGCAAAGUCACUCAUUGCCCCUCUGGAGCAAAAUGAUUUGGGGACCUUAGAUGGUCUCUGGGCCUGAUGGCAAGGACAGUAAAAGACCUUCCUAACCUCUCCCAAUGCGCACACCCCACUACCACCAACCCAAUCCUAGGACUGAUUUCAGCCUCUCUUCCUUCACUAUUCCUCUGCUGACUAAUCUCAAUCUGACUAGCUCCAACGAGACAAAACACUGAGUCACAGCUUUUAUACUAUAGACUAUGAAGUUUAAAUACUACUGUUACAUCUUUUAGUGAUAUAACACAUGUCACAAGUCUUUAUAGAUUCACAGAGAAGCAAGGUGGAAAAAAUGGGGACAGGCAAUGAUCUUUUAAGAAUUAUAAAAUGCUCAUAUUCUGAAGUCAAGAGGCAGUUAUCUAAGAUAUUUCUGUCCAGUGCCUUGUUCACUCUUUUUGUUCCAGCCUACAUGAAAAUGUGCUCUUCCAUGGCAAUAAUAUGCUUUAUCAAAUUAAAUUUGCUUGUGUUGAGCAAGCAAAAUGUUGGGAUAGCAAAUGGAAUUAAGAAAGACCACUCAUGAUCAGAAAGAGAUGAAUAAAUCAUGGAGCUUAUCACAAAAGUACUUUUAAAAAUAGCAUAUUGUAAUAUUCACAGUUGUGCUCCAUCAAAAGAAAAGAUGGGGUAUUGCGUGGCCAUUCUGCAGACAAGGCAGAGUGGCUGGCAUCAUCAACAACUUGAAAAUAUUACAACAAGAGUUUAUUCUUGGGGACUUUGUUGCUAUUGACAUGUUGUAUAUUUUUUAGGAAGUAACAGAUUUAUACUAAGCUACAAGGUAAUAUUCCAACUUUUCAAGAGGAAAACCAAGUUGUUAAAUCUACAUUUGUGUUUUUUGCUAUCUUUUAUGUAGAGACUAUUUUUAAAUCAUUAAAUUUUUAAAAUCUUUUUUAUACCAACUAGAUUUUCCUUUGCAUUUGUUCUCUGCUACAAAAGUAGCUGUUGAUUUAAAUGAACAUUUCUAAGGAGGGAAAAAGAACUUAAGCCCCUUUUUUUUCUGCCUAUAUUAUAGACCUCAAUUUUUCAAUGUGGGAAAAAAUUGAGGGUUUUUUUUGUCUUGUUUUGUAUUGCUUCAAAGUAAAAUUAUAUCUGAAAAAGUCCAAAUCUCUUGGUUGGGAUUCACAGUAAACCAUCUGGAAAAAAAUUCUUGAAUUUAAUUCCACAAACAUGUAUUAAGUUUUACUAUAUGUAAAGUAUUAUGCUAGGCUUAGGGGCUAUACAGACCAAAAAUAAAAACAAAACUCAA